AUGGCUGGAAAUGGCACGAGACCUCCCGUUCAUAUCAUUUUCAUCGGCGCCGGCGCCGUUGGCUGCUUCUACGCAUCCCGCCUCCACCACCCUGAUAAUGGCGUCCACGUAUCCCUCGUGGCCCGCUCAAACUACGCCACCAUCCGAAAGGACGGCGUGAAAAUGGAAACCCACUCCUUCGGGGACUACCUCUUCCGCCCUCACGCCGUGUAUCCCUCCGCCGAUGCCGCGGCGAAGGACGCCAGCCAAAACGGCCACGGCUGGGACUACGUCGUCGUGACGACCAAAGCCCUCCCCGAGCGCAACGACGGCUCGGCCCUCAUCCAGCCCCUAGUCGGCCCCAAGACCGUCAUCGUCAUCAUCCAGAAUGGCGUUGGCGUCGAGGCCCCCUAUCGGACGAGGUUCCCCCCUAACCCUAUCGUGAGCGCUGUGACGGUUAUCAGCGCCGAGCAGAAGGCUCUGGGCGUGAUCCGUCAGAACCGAUGGACGCGGAUCAGCAUCGGUCCGUACACGGACGGCAAGGGAACCGGCGACGCGGAGGUCUCCCGCCUCGGAGAGCAGGCCGUCAAGGACCUCUCGUACUGGUGGGGCGACCUCGGCGGCAUCAGGGACGUCGACCCGCACGACGAGGUUGAUUUGCAGCUGGUCAGGUGGCACAAGCUGUGCAUCAACUCGGCCAUGAAUCCCUCGGCGGUGCUCUCGGGCGGACGGGGCAACGCCGAUAUGGUCAUGGACCCGGAGCUCCGCGAGCACCUCAAGGGUGUCAUGGAUGAGAUCCGCGACGCCAUGCCCAAGAUCCUCGGGAAGCCUUUCCCCGAGUCUCUGGCGACGCCGGAGCGCAUCAUCAAGAGUACCGAGAGGAAUACGGGCAGUAAGCCGAGCAUGCUGCUGGACUGGGAGGCGGGUCGGCCGAUGGAGUUGGAGGUGAUUUUGGGGAAUCCUGUGAGGAUUGCGAGGGAGAGGGGGGUUAGUUUGCCGAGGAUGCAGACUUUGUAUGCGCUUUUGAGGAGUGCGCAGGCGACGAGGGAGAAGGCGAAGGCUGGUGAGAAGGGGAGGCUCUGA